GCUCACAGUGGCCUAAGAAGUUGCCUUCUCCCAUUCACUUGCCACGAAUUAAUAGCAAUUCCAACCGUUUUGGGCUGAAUUUGCUAAAUUCGGGCAUAUAACUAUCAGAACCGUGUUCUUUGCUCUUGUGCGAGCAAUUACAUGUAAAUUUUGCUGCAAUUUACUUAAGUUUUACGACACGUCGCUUUAUCACGUUCUUAUUAGCGAUUUUUUCUUUCUUAAACUCGUAUCCGUCUCGUCGACAACACCCAGAGACAUCGUUUUGUCCGCCUUUACCAAUCCCAAAUUAGUGCUUUCAUCAUGAGGAUCCGUAACGCUACUCCAUCAUUUGUUUUGUUAGGUAUUGCGGUCGUGUUUUUUGCUCUUGCGUGUUGUACAGCACCUGUAUCGUCUCGGCUUACAUUGUCGAAGCUUGACGAUAUCCGUUUUGGCAUCUUUGGUUAUUGUACAGAUGUGAGCAACUGUAUUGAUCCUCGCAUUGGAUAUAACUAUGACUUUUUGAAUACAAACACUGCCUCCGGAUACAGAUUGUCGGCAAACGUCCGUUAUCGUGCUUCCUUUGGUCUCGUUCUUGUCCCGGUUUCUGCCUGUGUUUGCGCCUUUGCUUUCCUCAUGCUUCUCUUUGCCCAUUUGGGUUUUGUCGCUCGUUCACCCUCCUAUUUCAAUGUAGUCGCCGCUGUCAUCUUCUUCAACAUUUUCCUCACUGCAAUCUCGUUUAUUAUCUGCGUAAUUACUUUUAUUCCUCAUAUUCGCUGGAUCUCUUGGCUCGUACUAGCAAACACUGGUAUCCAACUGAUAGUACUGUUUACCCUAUUUAUCGCACGCCGACAAGCUGCCAAGUUGCAGAACAAGCACAUUCGUCGCUCUGCUUCCUUUGGUGACAAUCCUUACACGCUGCAAGACAACAGCAACAUGUUCACUACAAACGCUAGUCUGCCCAAGUUUGCCGAGUUAUCGUUUGAAAAGCCUUCCGACGCAAUGACUGUAGCGUCCGAAGAUUCCUCUAAGCCAUUGCGUUACAACGCUGCUUCUCCCGCAAAGUUGAAGCCCACGUAUAGCAAUAGUGUUCGCUCUGUCGAUGCCGAAACCGAAAACCGUGAGUCUGGAGGUUAUCGCUUCCCGUUCGGCCAUCGCAACAACAAGUCCGUGUCUGAAGAACCAGGUUCUCAGCCACCCUCGUAUGAAUCGCAGAAUCCUUGGUCGGUAGCUGAUAUACCGCCUGUUGACAACGCCUCGUCCACUCCAGCAAAAGGAAAGCGUAACUCCACUAACAAGGCCUCGAACAUCUUCCGUUGGGGACGUUAAGCUUGCUAUGAAUUAAGUUUAUGAGCAACCCUACAACCGGUUUUGUGUUGUUUUUGUAUAUGUAUUACUACAUUCGUUCCGUGUUACAAUGCCAACUGGCGCCGUUAUGUUUUCUUGCAGUUUCCCGUUUACACCGUUUAGCAUUCCCCGUUUUCCUACUUCUAAUAGAUUGUUUCAGUUUUGAUAUAGUGGGAGAUUACGAUAUG